AAAAAAAAGAAGAGAGAGAAAAAGAGAAGGGAGAAAAAGAAAAAUUCCAAAAACAAAGGCAGUUCUGCAAAAAUCAAAAUUCGCCUGUCCUAAAUCGGUGACAGACAGUCGUCGUCGACGCUCACAAUUGGCUUGCCAGAAAAAUUGGGCACUCUCUUUCUCUACGCAAACCACCAUAAUUUUCCUUCAAAUUCCCCAAAUCAAAAACCCUAAUUUCACCCGCGAACUCCCCCAAAUUCCCCCACUCUUCAUUCUAGCAACAGUAAUCUUCAUCACAUCUUAAUCAAAAUCAUCUAACCUACUCAUCAAACACAUUUCGCUUCUUCGAUCCAGAUUUCGCUGUACCACACUCACUUCUAGUGACAAUGAAAAUUAUGAUUCCUUUUCUUAGGUUAUGAAUUUUUCGAAUCGAUGAUUUGAUCGGCGAAUUUUCGGAAGAUUGAGGUGUUGGUUUUGUGGAGGGAAGUCGAAAAUGGCGGCGCAAAACCAAGGGGAUCUAUUUGAUUCUUAUUUUAGGAGAGCAGAUUUGGAUCGAGAUGGUAGAAUUAGUGGCGCUGAAGCUGUCGCUUUUUUUCAGGGCUCAAAUUUGCCUAAGCAAGUUCUUGCUCAGAUAUGGACGUUUGCCGACCAAAAUCGAACAGGAUUCCUUGGUAGACCAGAAUUUUAUAAUGCUCUUAAGCUUGUGACAGUCGCACAGAGCAAGCGAGACUUAACUCCUGAGCUUGUCAGGGCCGCUCUGUUUGGUCCAGCUUCUGCUAAAAUCCCAGCACCGCAGAUUAAUUUGCCUGUUUCACCUGUUCCGCAGUCAAGUGCUGCUGGAGCAACCCCUUCCACAUCUCAGAUGAGUAGUGUUGCUCCUAUCUCAUCCCAGAACCCUGGGCUUAGAGGAGUAUCAGGGUCCCCAAAUGUCAACAUGAAUCAGCAGUAUAGUCAACCACAAGCAAGCGGGUUAGUGAGACCCCAAACUACCGCUUAUGGUGUAGCUACGCAACCUGUACAAGGAGUUGGCUUUCAAGGAUUUCCUGGGGGAGCUGUUGCAUCAGGCCCAAACUUGCCUAAUUCAAGAGCACCAAAUGACACAGGAGUUGCAAGUGUAGGAAGGUCACCAGCAGGAGUGGUCUUAGAGAGAGGAAGUAGUCUUUUGUCAAACCAAUCUGGGGUGCCAUCAGCAGCAGGACCAGCUCCUCUUUUGCCACCUAAGCCUUUUCCAACGACAGGAUCUUCUGUUCCGCAACCCAAUACGCUCAUUUCACAAAAUGGGUCCACUCCUGGUUCUAUUUAUGGAGGUGAUGCAUUCUCUGCAGCUCCAUCUCAGCCCAAAAGAGAGAGUUUUUUCUCUACCUCAUCAGCUAGCAGUGUACAAGUCCCUUCAGCCUUUGUUCCAGUUUCAGCUAGCAGCCAAUCUUUUUCUAAGCAGGGCUCUGUUGCUUCUGCACCAAAUUCACUCACUACAAACCCUGUUGGUGGACAACAUCAGAAGUUGUCAUCAAAUGUGAAACAGAACCAACCAAUUCCUGUUCAAAAUAGGGCCCCACCUGGCCCUCAUGUAUAUUCACUUCAUAAUUCUACAGGACAUCAGUCUCAACUAAAUUGGCCAAGGCCAACUCAGACUGAUCUACAGAAAUAUACCAAAGUAUUCAUGGAGGUCGAUACUGAUAAAGAUGGGAAAAUAUCUGGUGCAGAGGCACGCAACCUAUUUCUAAGUUGGAAGUUACCAAGAGAGGUCUUAAAGCAGGUGUGGGACUUGUCUGAUCAGGAUAACGAUAGCAUGCUUUCUCUCAGGGAAUUCUGUAUUGCACUGUAUCUGAUGGAAAGAUACAGGGAAGGGCGCCCUCUUCCAUCAGUUCUUCCAAGCAGCAUCGUGGCUGAUUUUCCUGCUAUCGCUCAACCAGCAGCUGGAUAUGGUAAUGCAGCAUGGGGAUAUAAUGCUGGUUUCCAGCAACCACAGGCAGCAUCUGGCGGAGCUCCAAGACCAACUGCACGUCCAGCAGGAAAACCUCCACUACCUGCUUCUGCUCAUACACCAUCAGACGAUAGAAUGCCUCCUAAGCCGCCAAAAGCCAAAGUGCCAAUGUUAGAGAAACAUCUAGUAGACCAGCUGAGUGAAGAGGAGCAGAAAUCACUCAAUCUGAAAUUCCAGGAGGCAUCUGAGGCGAAUAAAAAAGUUGAAGAACUAGAAAAGGACAUAAAAGAAGCAAGGGAGAAAAUGGAAUUCUACCGAGUCAAGAUGCAAGAGCUUGUUCUCUACAAGAGUAGAUGUGACAGUCGCUAUAAUGAAGUUUUUGAAAGGGCUGCUGCAGAUAAGCAUGAGGUUGAGUCUUUGGGCAAGAAGUAUGAAGAGAAGUACAGACAAACUGGUGAUGUGGCGUCUAAGUUGACGAUUGAAGAAGCGACAUUCCGUGACAUACAGGAGAGGAAAAUGGAGAUGUAUCAGGCAAUAGUGAAGAUGGAACAGGAUGGCACUGAUGAGAGCCUUCAGGUUCGUGCUGAUCGCAUCCAGUCUAGUUUGGAGGAAUUAGUGAUAUCUCUCAGUGAACGUUGCAAGAAAUACGGACUGCGUGCCAAACCGACCACAAUAGUUGAGCUUCCUUUUGGAUGGCAACCUGGCAUUCAGGAGAGUGCUUCUGAUUGGGAUGAAGAGUGGGAUAAAUUUGAAGACGAAGGCUACACCUUUGUGAAGGAACUAACUCUAGACGUGCAAAACGUCAUUGCACCACCUAAGACAAAAGUGAAAGUUGCUAAGCAAGAAAAGAAUUUGGCUACUGAGAAUGAAUCAGCUAUCCGUACCUCAGAUACUGAAUCCAAACCUGUGAAGCCUGCGUCAGAGGAUGAACAGGUGACUGAGAAUGGUGUAAUAGGUACCCCUAAAGCAUACGACGUGGCAAAAGGUCAAGUUCUUAGUCCUGCUCGAAGCUCACAUGGAAGUCCACAUGAUGGAUCAAAGGACAAUGUUUUUAGAAAGCCUGGAAGUUCAGAUGCCUCAACUCAGGCAAAGGAAUCUCAUAGUGACCUUGGAAAUUCUGAGGCUUCCUUUUCUGGGGAAAGGAGCUUCGAUGAGCCAGCACAUGGGACAUUUGAUGUUGCUGAUGACGCGGAUUCAAUAUGGGGUUCCUCAAAGGUUCUGAAUCUUGACAAGCAUAAUGAUGACUUGUUUGGACACGGGCAAUGGACUCUGCCUCCUAUCAGGACUAGUUCAUCUCAGGCCGAUGACCUUUUGCCCAAAAAAGGCAUCUUUGCAGACUCUGUACCAGGCACACCAGCAGACAGCUUUUUGCCGAAAAAGAGUGUAUUUGCAGAUUCUGUGCCUGGUACACCAGCAGAUGGCUUUUUGCCUAAGCAUAGCAUCUUUGCGGAUUCUGUUCCAAGCACACCGGUUUAUGGCUCAAGCUAUUCUCCACAGAAGAAUGGUGAAGGGCCAGAGCAUGGUUUCAACUUUUCAAGGUUUGAUUCCUUCAGAUCUACAGAUAGUGGAUUCCAGCCUCAAGAAAGGCUAUCUCGAUUUGAUUCCAUGCGGAGUACUGGAGACUUUGACUCGCAUGAUGAAAGUUCAUUUCAGCAAAAGGAGUCAUUUACACGCUUUGAUUCCAUGCGAAGUACUAAUGAUUUUGAUUAUGGGGAUCGGUUUUCUUCAUUUGAUGAUUCAGAUCCUUUUGGCUCUGGGCCAUUUAAGUCAUCAUUUGGAAGUGAAACUCCGAAGGAGGACUCGGAUCCUUUCAGGUCUAGUGCAUUUAGGUCUUCUCUGGGAAAUGAAACACCGAGGUCAGAGGUAGAUGCAUUUGGUUCUGUUGGGCCUUUCAGGUCAUCGUUUGCCAAUGAAACUCCCAGGGCUGACUCAGACCCUUUUGGGUCUGCUGCGUCUUUCCGACCGUCAUUGAGCAGUGAAACGCCAAGAGCAGAUGUUGACCCUUUUAGUUCCGCUGGGCCUUUCAAGUCUUCUUGGGGGGUUGAAACUCCAAGGGCAGAGGCUGACCCUUUUGGUGGUCCUUUCAGGUCAUCAAUGGGCAGUGAAACACCCAAGCGAGAAUCAGACUAUUUUGGAUACUCUGGUUCAUUUAGUGAGACGCCAAGGAGCGAGUUUGAUUCUUAUGGGUUUGGUGGUCCAUUUGGUUCCUCACUUGGCAAUGAAACGCCAAGGGGGGACAUUGAUGCCUUUGGUUCUUCUGGCCCAUUUAAGUCUACUGUGGGUAGUGAAACCCCAAAACGCCAGACAGAUAGUUGGAGCGCAUUUUAGAGUAUAGUGAGUUCGGAUUACAUAUCUACUGAGCUCUACUUCGAGGCUAGAGAUUGAAUAUGCUUGGAUCUCGGAAUGGUCCAUCGUUACUGGCUACUUACAUAUUGCAGUUUUGCUACCUGCCACCAAAGAGCCGAGAUAUCCCUGCAUCAAUCUUUUUGUGAUUUCAUCUCCCGGUUUAUUAGCUUAAAUUUUUUGUUUCCCUUUGUAAACAUCUCUUCUAUUAUAUAUUUUUCUUGGGGGUUUGUUGGGUUUGCAAAUUUUUUUGCUGUUACCGUUUUCCUGUUGAUGAGAAGCACUGGAAACAUGUGAUAUUAAAUUUUUUUUCCUUUGCCAAUAUUGUGGCUUGUAAUGAAAAUAUAGUGGGCUGGCUUUGUAGUAUCAGCAUGAGUGAAUGUUAUUCUUUGUAAUCACCUGGAAUCUGACUCAGUUGUGUUACUUUGUGUUACUGUAGUGAAGUAGUGAUUUUGCAAAA